GAGAGGGACACGGCGGAGGGACUCCUGGCUGCCGGUGCUGCGGGCUCAACGCUAAAACAGACCACUUUGGGUUCGUAUUUGGCGAGAUUAUGGUUCGGAAAAGGCCUUCUGCUGCUGCUGCUGCUGCUGCUGCGUCGCCGCCGGUUCGCCAACAAAGGAAAUACCUGUAGCAUCUCUCACCGCCGCUGCCGGGGCGCGUGGAGGCGAACGUCGAGCGCGAGAGACGGCGCGACUCGCUAGUUGGUGAAAGUUGACACAUUAGCUCUCGACUUGGCCAACUCGAGACAACCACUGCUCGCGCUGCGCGCCUGCGCAAUUACGCACGCGUGCGCGCGACCCCUUCGUUGGGAAUUUUACUCUCUGUUGGAAAGUCCGCCGCGUCAACUGGCACGCGUUGUCCAAGCCGUCAGCUCGCGCGCCGCGGGGAGUGGCUGCGCGAGGAUGGUGGAGAGCCGCAGCAGUGUCCAGAGGGAGGGGGUGUACCGCUGGUUCUCCUCCCUCACCUCCGCCCAGAGAGCCGAGUUCCUGUGCGGCCUCCUGGACCUCUGCGUCCCCAUUGAGCUCCGCUUCCUCGGCUCGUGCCUGGAGGACUUGGCCCGCAAGGACUACCACUCCCUCCGGGACGCGGAGAUCAGAGCCAACAACCCCGCCGACCUCUCGGCUCUCACCAACAUCACGGACGAGGUGGUGCGCAGCAAGCUGCUGGUGUCCCUCGCCCUGCUCGGCGCGGACAACCGGGAGGCCGCGGGGGUCCUGUACAGGACCCUGACUCACAUAGACACGGUGAUCAACAACUACGGGUUGGCGCUGAACGACGGGAGGACCGAGGAGCAGUUUCUGUUGCUCUUCACCAUGGCCUCCCACCACCCGGCCUUCAGCUUCCACCAGAAGCAGGUGCUGAGGCAGCAGCUCAGCCAGAUCCAGGACGUCCUGCAGGUGAGCAAGGGAGGAGGAGGAGGAGGAGGAGGAGAUGCUCAAGCAGCAGGCCCUGGCGGGGUUCGAACUGCCACCUGUCCCUCCCAGUCACAUCACCACUAUCACCGUCAGACCGCGUCCCUGCCACCGGCCUCGCUGGCCCCCGCCGCCUGCCCCCGGCCCGUUGCCAGCGGCCCCGCCUGCCUGCCUCUAUCUGCCUGCCAACCCUGCCACACACACUGCACCUGCUGGCACAAGAGCCAAACCAGAGAGGCCGGCACACUCUCAGGGGCCACCAUGGGACGGCGAGACCGUGCGGUGAGCCAGGAGCUCACCCCUCCUCACCCGGACCUCCCUCCCCCUCCUCUACCACUACUACCACCACCGCCACCUCCUCCUCAGCUGCCUCCUCCUCUACCUGCUGGGCAGGUCCAGGAUGCAGCAGCACCAACCAGGAACCGCACCAAAAGACUGAUCGAGAGGGUGGCGCUGAGAGGUGUGACCCACGCGCCCGAGGACACGGCUGAAUAUGUGCUCGAGGCCGGCUGGUCAGAUGGUUUGGUGUCCUCCGUUGUCAGAACUCAGCAGGAGGUGACGGAGCUGCUGACCCAGCUGUCACAAGCCUUUCCUGAUGACGCAGUGGAGAAAUUCUUCCCUCAGUCCAUAGAGCUGGACCCCAGGAGUUUGACGGCGCUGCCCUGCCAUGUUCUCCAGCACCACAGCGUCCAGCUGUUCUUCACCUCCGCCAGGCCUCUUUCACCCAACUGUCCCGCCUCCCUCCCCUCCCCCCUUCCGCCAGUAUCCUCUUCCCUUCCUACGGUUCCUGUAUCCCCGACCUGUCCGUUCACCUCCAGCUCGAAUCUUGGCUGCAUGGUUCAGCACAGAGGAGCCAACAGGGCGGUAUACAGAGUGGCCAGCGUCCAGCCCGUCGUCAGCACCCACAGCUCUGUCUUGACUCGCCCCUCCCCUCACCUCUCCUCCCUCCCUCCUCCUCCUCCUCUUCCUCCCCCCAUUCCGCCGCCCCAGCUGUCCUCGCUCUCCUUGGCGGGCGGCUGCGAUCCCUCCACCCAGCCACAUCCCCAACACAGUCAGCCCCACUCAUACCCUCAGCACCACCUUCAUGCUCAGACCAGCGGCCCGCCCGGCGCUCAGCAUCAGUCCCUGCACCUGUCCCAUUCCCAGCCUCUGCCCCACUCCCACUCCCUUUCCUACGCCCAGUCCCAUCCCCUGUCUCGUUCCCAGUCCUACCCGCAGGCGGCGUGCCCAUCCCAGCCCAACAGCGCGGAGCAGAACGGCAUCCUGGACUGGCUCCGCAGGCUCCGGCUCCACAAGUAUUACCCCGUCUUCAAGCAGCUCACCAUGGAGGAGUUCUUGGCGCUGACGGAGGAGGACCUGAACAAGUACGACCUGACCCAAGGAGCAAAGAAGAAACUCAAGACUCAACUGGAGCUCCAAAAGACUCAACUAGAGAUACAAAAGGAGAUGCAGAUGGAGAAGCGGCCCUGCAGCGGCAUCGCCAGGGUGACGCCCUCCAGUCACAUGGGACCCUCGACACAUCCCACCUCCACCGCAGGGGAGCUCCGAGUGGAGGUGGACGCUGUGCCGCAUCACCCCGUCUCGACGGACAGCAGCUCGUCCUCAGGCUACUCCAGCUCUCCCUGCUCCCCCCGAACGCCACUCGGCUGUGACUCCGCCUUCGACAGGACCAGAGACAUUCACAGGCGUGUGCCAGGUCCAGAGGCAGUAGGAGGGGGUCCAGAGAAGGAACGGUCCUGUCUCUUCAUCCUCAACUCCAGCUGCCCCACAGGCUCCAGUCGCCCCACGGCCCAGGUCCUACCUGUCCAGACCGACCCAGCUCCCCUCCACCCUCCCUCCUGCUCCUCCCAACCCCCCCUCGGCCACCCGCAGCCUCCUUACCACCCGCAGGCCAGUUACCCGCAGGCCCUGCUCUCCUCGGUCUCGAACCCAGCGCGCAUCCUCGCUUCCCCCCGUAAGCCCCACCCCCCGCCACUGUGCACAGAGGACAGGACUAAGCCGCUGGGCUCGGGCCCGCCUGUAGCCGGAGCCGGCUUCCCGUCGGGGCUCAGUGUGGGCAUGGGGGUGAGGCUGGAGAAGCUGUUCUCUGGGCGGAACAUGGACGGCUCCUCCACACUCCAGGACACGCUAGUUUCGCGGGGCCUGGUGGGAGGUGACGUGGGUCCGAUGGUGGAAACCAGUUCUGCUUUAACCUCCACCUCCAACAGCCAUCACCACGUCUCUCACCCACCACUGCACUUCCACCUCUCGUCCUCUUGCUCCCCUUCUCCAUCUGGAUUCUACUCCUACCCUCCUACUUCUUUCUCCUCCUCCUGUCCCGCCACAAAGUCGGGCAGCUCCAGUAGUGGCGGUGGCGGUGAUGGUGGCGGCGGCGGCGGCGUCUUUGUCCCCAUGGCAAUGGCAAGCAGCGUCCCCGUGGCUGCGGUGCCGGGCAACACUUACUACCCGGCCCAACCAACCUCCUCCCUCUCCCCCUCCCCCUCCCCCUCCCCCUCCUCUGCCUCUUCAUUGGAUCCAAGUUCAGGUCACACCCCAUCCACGUGUGUCUGCAGCUCCUGCGGUUGCUGGGGUAACUGUGGCGCCUACGGGACGCUGCCCGGCUACCUGCAGCCGUUCUCGGCCGGCCCCUCGCUCUUCACCCUGGGUCCCCUGCUCCAUCUCAGCCCCCUGAUCGCCUCGUCCAGCGCCGCUGCCGGCAGCGGAGCCGCACCCUUCUCCUACCCGAUGAUGGUGCCUCCGCCCGUCUACCGCCACAGCCCGGCGUCACAUGACCAGCAGCAGGGCUUCGCCUUCUAUCAGCCCCAUGGCAUCAUGGGAAACGGAGCCCACAAGUGGUCAGCGGGUAACGUGUCUUGUUACAACUGUGGCGCCAACGGACACAGAGCAGAGGAAUGCAAACAGCCGGCCAUGGAUUCAGCACAGCAAGGAACGUUCCGGCUGAAGUACACUCCUCACUCCAACAGUAAGGACUCGGGGGACUAACCAGCAGAGACGCCAGUGGAUUCAAACUGUCAUCCUCCUCACCUGUCCAUCAUGUUCCUGUUCAAGCAGCAGGCAGCAGGCAGCCGCCUCUAAGAGCCGAUGAAGCAAUGCGAGUUCGCUCAAAAAGAACCAGAUUGGCGAGCAGAGGUCCGUUUUUUAAUUUAGAUUUUUUAAAUCAGAUUAGCGUUCAUCCUUCUCCGCAAAUACAAAGCCAGAGAUCCCGGAUAUUUUAUAUACAGUAUACACAAAUGUUUAUAGUAUACGUUUUUUUGCACCUAGAAAUCAACCAAAUUAUUUUUUUACAUUUUAUACCAAGAGGAAAUGUUGCAAUACGUUCUCUGGGCAAAGGCAAUCAGAGUCCCACUUUAGAAGCGCCACUGUCGAUUAUAGUUCUCUAUAGAAGCUUAAGAAGCUAAAGAAGCUUAACUACCACCUGCAGUUUCCUUUUGCAGCUGUGAGCGGUUCCCGCGUUUCCUUUUUGAGCGUUGGAUUGUGGGAGAAUUGUGUCCAUCAACAGCGCACUUUGUAUGCAUAUCGACUGCAUUUUGUCACACUUGCCAGCGUGAACACGUUAGGUACCCGUUUCCGGCUGUCGCUCUCAGAAAUAAUAAGGAUAAGCCCCGUAUCCCGGGAUGCUUUCGGGAACAGCAGUCAUCAGUAACCGGGCUGCUCGUGUUUAUCAUGUAUACAGACAGCGUGAAUGACCAGAUUUCUGUAAACAUGGUAUCUUUGUGGUGAUCAUGACCGAGGUAAUCCUCAUGGAUGGAUUACACACCCUGUCGAUCCGGCUCCGGUUUCAGACGUGAAAUUCACGCUCGAUGUUUCAGAAAAUCCUUAAAUACUGAGUUUUAAGCGUGAGAGAAAGCCCAACCGACUACGUGAGGAAUCGGGACCAAAGCAACUCUACAAACAAGGUUGAUAUCACACCAGAGCAUCGGCCAUUGUUUCACAAUCUCAAAGCUCCUGUGUUGGUCUACCUGGGAUGGUGACGACAUCACGGCUGAAAUUCAAAGAUACUUGAACAAUUCCAGAUCCCCGCGCUUGGGCUCCGUGGGGGAAAUGGAUGGGAACAGGGCAGGUUUUUAAAAAUCUAGGUUCAAGGAGUCGGGAGACGCAUCAUGGUGAGAACACACUUGUUGUAAACGUAACUUUUGUUGGAUUACAAGAAACACCCCAAAAGGAGGUUCUGCUGAACCUACUGCUCCACUAGUAUGGACAAGGAGUAUCCAACCUGUGCUGGGGCUCAGUCAUCAUGGAAGUGUCCGUGUGGUCAGCUCACAAUUGGCAACUGGAGUAGCCCAUCAGCAGCUGAGUGAGUGAGUGAUUCAUUCGUUCACCUUCGGGCGGUCUGCAGCCUCUCUACCUCUGAGCCAACCCGAUAGCAAAAUGGCCUCCAGUGCCAGACGCUGAUCCUCUACAUACACCGAGGCGAUCGGAGCGCACGCCCAAUAGACUUUGAAUCUUUCAGGUCGCGCCUGUGUUGGACGUUUCAAAAGUGCCAAUUGGUUUUCUCGUUUACGUCUGAUGGCGCUUCCUUUUUUUCCCAUGUUGUCGAUGCAAGUGAACUGAAGGUUGAGGGGGACGUCGGUCCUGGACUCGUUCUCACUCCCGGUGAGGGGCGGAUCCGACUCUUUUUGUUGUUGUUGUUGUUGUUGUUGUCGUUAACAGAGCAUGUACAGUCUUUUAUGCAAAACGCAGUUCAGGGCUGUUCAAAUCGGAAAGAGACUUGAUAGGUUUGAAGAUGUUUCGCAGCGUAUUCAGCACUCUUGAGUGAGUGAGUCUCUGGGCAGGACCCAGACUUUUAUAGACACGAGGGCAGCCGGCCCUUAAGAUGAAGCUCUUAUCUGCGCCCCUGGAGGGCACACCGGCGGCACGGGAUGCUUAUUUAAAGUGUCGAAUACUGAACAUUUAGUAUGUAGAAAAAACUUCUGUCUGUUGUUCAAACAAAUGCAUUUGUAUUGUAUCCUAAAUGUACCCUUUUGCUAAGCCCUGCCCACCGAAUGCUAUACUGGCCAAUCGGAGCGCAAGAUCGGCCAUGCUCUGACCAGGGUCCGAGAACUCCGUGGACUCUCUCUCCAGAUGUUCUUGUUUUUUCAGGCGGGUUUUGUGGGUUUGGAGUUCGUCGUAGUUAAAUUAUAUAUACAUGUAUAUGGAUAUACAUAUAUAUAU